UUUUAAUAUCAAAUCAGUUAACACUCUUCUUUAUAUAUUUUUGUAUAUAAAUUAAUGUUUUAUUAUAAUAAUAAUCCAUCGGUUCCACCUCUGCAAACUAGUGAAAUGAAUCCUUUAGAUAGUUCCUUUGAAUCAGAUCAAUUUCAAUCUACUAUAGAUAAUCGUUAUAACCAAUUUGAUUUCAACACUGCUACGCAACCAAUGGACGUUCCUAUGCAACAAUCAAAUGAGACGAUGAUUUCUAACUCAUUCUAUGAUACUACUUGUUUAUCACCAAUUGCUAUUAAUACUGCUAAUCCUAUAACAUCAAAAGCAUCAUUAUACAGUGUAUCUCCUCCUCAGUUUGAUAUGACAAAUAAUUGUAAUAGUAAUGAUUUUAUUACUCGUUCUCCAGAAUCUUCUUCAUCCGCAGAAUCCAAUUUGGUUUCACCUCCACAACAGUAUUAUACUUCAGUCCACUGCUCCGAUCAUGUUUGGCCUGAAUCAAUUCCUUCUACAACAACUGCUACUCCACAGCAGAACAACUAUUAUUAUUUUACCAACUCGAAUGAAAACCACUCACUAGUAGGAAUAAAGAGAUCUGCUUCUGUUCCACACAAUUUUCAUAAAUUAAAAUCCCCAGAGGAUAAUAAUAGCCAAUUUCAAACUACACCAUCUUCAACAUUUACGCCUAUCAUUAAUAACAACUAUAAUAAGGCACUCCCUAUUCAAAUUCAAAGAAUUAAUCAUGGUCAUCAUAAUCAUUCGAAUCGUCGACCCGUAGAUGCAGAAACCUAUCGUCGUCAACUAGAUGAAAAGCUAGAAAAAGUGAAUUUUGAUGAUAUUACAGUGGCUGAAUUAAAAGAAAUGUUACGUGAACGAGGCUUAUCUGCAUCAGGUCGCAAAGCUGAAUUGAUGCAUCGUUUAAAAGAAGAAUAUGAUAUGCUAAUGAGAAGAAGAAAUGAUAAUACAAGUUAUUGUUCCUUAAAUUAUCCUAAUAUUCCACAGCAGCAACCAUUCGCAUUUUCUCCAUCCGUUGGAUUAUUGCAUCAUCGAAUGGCUGCUAAUUUAAAUGUAAAUUCACCUAAAAGACAAUAUCAUAAUAAUAAUAAUAGUAGUAAAAGUACCCUUUAUCAUCCUUAUUCACCACCAACUCGCCAUUCUUCUGUUGCAGUUGGGCAAAUGGGAUAUCGUAUGGCUUCCUCGGUGCCUAAUUUGUAUACCCCAUCUUAUCUCAAUGACCAUCAAAUCAUGAUAAGACAACCUUCCUGUCUUCGUAAACCAAUUGGAAGCGAUGAAGAUCCAGAACAGCAAAGCCAAGAAACUUGGAUGCCAACAUUUAAUAACGAUGACAAUGAACCUUCUCCAUUGAAUCUUAAUUAUUAUUCUACAGUACCAGAAACAAACGAAGAUGCUCCUACUGCUGUUGCUGUUACUUCUACCGCUGACUUGUGGGAUGAUCAAACACUUCAAAACUUUCUAAAUCAAAUUUAACCAAAAAAAGAUUGUAUAACAUUAUGCAUAUGUAAAUAACCUCACAUUGUUUUUGUUUUGUUGUUGUUUUUUUUUAACUUCAAAAGAAAUACAUAUAUGUAUAUACUGUUAAAUACCACCCUCACUUUUGUAUACACAUCUUUAAUAAUAUCAUAUUUAGAAAUACUCAUAUAUCUAUUUGUUUAAUAAAUAAAAAGCUUCCUUUUCUUUUCUUUUA